AUGAACAUUGAACAUUUAUUAAACAAGGAAAUUUCAAUUUACUUGUCAUCUUCUGAAUCAGCAACAACCUCUACUAUUAGAAACGAUUAUAAUAAUAAUGUUUCUACUAUGAGUAUAAAUUCCUCAAUUGACAACAAUGAAAGCAAAUCCGCUGAUGAAAUUAAGAGUAAAGCAGUUACAACAGAAGAAGUUAAAGUCAAACCAGUUGAAUCACAAAAAAACCUUGAACUGACUGAUAGUUCAAUAAAAUUAAAAACUUACCAAUUCAAAUCAAAUCAAAAUAAUUUGUCACUUUAUAAAAAUAUUCAAGAACAUAAUGUUUCAACCACCUCUAUCAAUAAUAAAUUUGGUAAUUUUAACACUACUGAUAUCAACACUAUUGCUCAUGUGAAUGCUUUUAAUCUUGAAUCUAAUACUGCUGCUGCCAAAACAACUCCAAUCACUACUACUGAUGAUAAAUCUAAUACAGCAUAUACUGUAAUUAAUGCAAAUAAUCAAAUAGACGAUAAUUUAAAUAGAAUUAGAAUAAGAAUCACAUCAAGAAAUGAUUCAAAUAAUGUGUCAUCAUCAACGCCUAAUAUUAAUAUUCAAAAAACAUCAACUUCAUCAGCAUCACAAUCUAAAAACACUCCAUCAAAAGCGACAUCAACUUCAUUAUCGAAAGUCGCGGCAUCACCAAUUUCAUUACCCAAAAUCACUACAUCUAAAACAUCAACUUUUUCAUCAUCCAAUACUUCUACAUCUAAAUCAUCUGCAACUUCAUCAUCCAAAUCUAUUACACCUAAAGCAUCUCCAAUUUCAUCAUCUAAUAAAAUAGCACCAAUCCCAUUCAAUAUGACAACUAAUAAAUUUGAUUAUAAUGAUAUUAAUGAUAAUAGUACAGCCAAGCAUAGUCAAGCAGAUUAUGGAUUAACUACACCAUAUGAACCAAUUGAAAACACUAAUGUUAGACAACAACAACAAAAGACUAAAACUACUGCUGUUUCUGGUACAGCAAAAAAAGCUCAAACCAAUCGUAAUAAAUCACAAAAUCAAACUACAAGAUCAAAUAAAAUUCAGGAAAAAUCUGAAACUAAAAAAAUAACCGAACAUAAUGCUCCAGACACUUCUGAUUCAUCAACUACUCUUGAUAGUAUGGAUAUAGUGAAUUCAAAUGACUCUGCUACAGGUUCUUCAUCAGAGUCUGAUAGUGAUAAUGAUAGUCUUGAAGAACAGGUUAAACAAAAAAUAAUAAUUGAUUAUAUGGUUGAAUUGCGUCAACGUACCAGAAAUAUUAUUUCUGAAUAUGAUAAAUAUAAAUUCCGUGAACUAUACACAGCAAGACUUAACAAUAGAAAGAAUAAAAAAGAUACUAUACAUAGAACUAAAAGUAAAAGGGGCAUUCAAAAAACUAAGGGUAAAAUUGAAAAGAAAAAAGCAACACGUAAACUAAAAGUUGAAUCAAAUGAUUUUACUAUGGAGGUUGAGGAAAAGGAUAAGGAACAAAGACGAACUAAGCAAAAAGAAAAAUUUGAACUAGCUGAAAGACGUAGAAUUUGGAAAGAUAUAGCUCGUAAUGCGAUUCCAAAGGUUCACAAAAUUGUUCAACAAUCUAUCAAUUCAAGGAUUAGUAAUUGCAGAAAAAUUGCCAAUUGUGUAAAAAGAGAAGCAAUAAAAGGAGUUCAAAAGUCCUCAAAAUCUCAAAAAGAUAUUCAAUCUAAAUGCAGACAAGCUAUGAGACAGUCAUUAGGUUUUUGGAGGAAAAAUGAAAAAGAAGAACGUGAAUGUCGUAAGAAGGCUGAAAAAGAAGCUAUGGAAAAAUUGCGUGUUGAAGAAGAAAUGCGAGAAGCCAGAAGACAAGCACGUAAACUUAAUUUCCUUAUAACUCAAACUGAAUUAUACAGUCAUUUUGUUGGUAAAAAGAUAGGAACACAUAUAGCAGAAGAAACAACUGAAACAACAUCAGCAUCUUCUGGAACUAUUGAAUCAGCAUCUUCUUCGUCAAUUGCUAUUACAACUAAUCUAACAAUUGGUGAUAUUGAUCUUAAUGCUACUAAUGAUCAACUAGUUGAGUCUUUCAAAGAUAUUAAUUUUGAUAACGAGGAUGAGUCUUCGUUGAAAAUGAAGGCACUUGCAAGUGCACAAAAUGCACUUGCUCAAGUUAAACAACACACACAAAACUUUGAUAACAAUAGAAUAACGAACAGAUCUACCGAUAUGACUGUAUCAAAUGCUGAUCUUGAUAACAUGAAUUUCCAAAAUCCUUCUAGUAUGCCAUCAAUGGCUGAAAUUAAACAACCAAAUUUACUCCAGAAUUGUACAUUGAAAGAAUAUCAAUUAAAAGGAUUAAAUUGGUUGGCUAACCUUUAUGAACAAGGUAUCAACGGAAUUUUAGCUGAUGAAAUGGGCCUUGGAAAAACUGUUCAAUCUAUUUCAUUGAUGGCAUAUUUAGCAGAAUCACAAAACAUAUGGGGUCCAUUUGUAGUUGUAGCCCCUUCAUCAACUCUUCAUAACUGGGAACAAGAAAUCGCUAGAUUUGUUCCUGAUUUUAAAAUCUUACCGUAUUGGGGGAAAUCUGAUACUCGUAAAGUGUUAAGAAAAACAUUGAACAAGAGAAACAUCAUUUUUAACAAAGACGCUUCUUUCCAUGUUGUCAUCACUAGUUAUCAACUGGUUGUACAAGAUAAGUCUUAUUUCGAAAAAACAAAAUGGCAAUACAUGAUUUUAGAUGAGGCACAAGCUAUUAAAAGCAGCUCGAGUGCUCGUUGGAAAACAUUGCUUGGUUUUCAAUGCAGAAACCGUCUUUUAUUAACUGGUACGCCAAUACAAAACAGCAUGCAAGAAUUAUGGGCUUUGUUGCAUUUCAUCAUGCCAACUCUUUUUGAUUCUCAUCAAGAAUUCAGUGAAUGGUUUUCUAAAGAUAUUGAAAGUCAUGCUGAAAACAAAGGAUCAUUGAAUGAGUUUCAACUCAAAAGACUACACAUGAUUUUAAAACCAUUCAUGUUACGCCGUGUCAAGAAAACUGUUCAAAAUGAACUCGGUGAAAAGAUUGAGAAAGACGUUUUUUGUACUUUAACUGCUAGACAAAGAAUGUUAUAUCGUGGUUUAAGGGAAAAAAUUUCAAUAUCCGAAUUGUUGGAACAUGCAGUCACUUUAUCUGAAAAUGAUACUAGUGUUGACAGUUUAAUGAAUUUGGUUAUGCAAUUCCGAAAAGUUUGUAAUCACCCUGAAUUGUUUGAAAGGGCAGAUGUUACAGCUCCGUAUUCUUUCUGUUCUUAUAGUAACACCUGUAUGAUCUCUCGCGAAGGUGAUAAACUAUACCUACCAUAUUCAACAAAAAAUUUGAUAACAUAUCGACUUCCAAAACUGGUUUAUCGCGGUGGUGCAAUGUUGGAUGUUCCUGGUAAAAAUUCGAAUGCUGGAUUCCGUAAAUACGUUCUUGAUCACUUGAUGAAUAUCUGGUCACCUGGUCAUAUCCACGAAUCAAGUAAUGAUGAUGAUGCUUUUGGAUUUUUAAGAUUUAUUGAUAAAAGUCCUUCAGAGGCAUCUUCUAUUUACUUUAGUAAUACUAUUGAAAAAUGGUUGAUUCAUCUUUUAAAUUAUAAAAAAAAUGCAUAUAGAAUGGCGUACUUGACCGAUGAAGAUUUUAAAAGUUAUCCAACUGUUCAUAAUGCAAGAUUUUUAAUUAAUGAAACUUCUACUCUCUCAUCGGCAAAUGUUGAGGAUUCUGAUAUUUUAACUGCAUUAACAACCAUAUUUGAACGUAUUACAAAAUAUGAAGUUCAAUUCCAAGAUCCAAGUUACAUGCCAAAAGUUAUUGCACCUCCUAUUCAAAUAGUUUGUCACGAUAAGUGUUUUUACAAUGAUCAAGAACGCAUCCUUUUUGAACCAGCAAUCAGAACAUCACUUACUGGUAUUAUCAAGUUAUUACCUGGAAAAGAAAGAAAAAUCAAUCUUGUUGGGCAAUAUUUAGAACAAACAGGUAGUCAAGGUAUUUAUGGCCAAACAUACUUUAAAAGUCAAGGUAUCUCUUACAUGCAAAUCCCAGCUAUGAAAAGGCUUAUUAUGGAUUCUGGAAAAUUGGCAACUCUUGACAAACUUUUGGAAGAGUUGAAAGCAGGUGGACAUCGUGUAUUAAUCUAUUUCCAGAUGACUCGUAUGAUUGACUUGAUGGAAGAAUAUUUGGCUUACCGUCAAUACAAAUAUUUGAGGCUUGAUGGAUCUUCCAAAAUUUCUGACCGUCGUGAUAUGGUAGAAGAUUGGCAAUCAAGUGAUUGGAAUCCUACUGUUGAUCAACAGGCUAUGGAUCGCGCACAUCGUCUUGGUCAAACUAAACAAGUAACUGUCUACAGACUCAUUACAAAAGGCACAAUCGAAGAAAGAAUUUUGCAACGUGCAAAACAAAAGGAUGAGAUCCAACGGGUUGUUAUUUCUGGUGGUGAAUUUAAACAAGUUGAUUUCAAGCCUCGCGAAAUCGUUUCUCUGCUUCUUGACGAUGAUGAACUCGAAGCUAAACUUCGUGAACAACAAUUAAAGCGAAAGGCUGAUAAUACCGCAACCACCACAAUCACCAAAAAAGGGCGUAUAUCAAAACGUCCCAAAAAAAAAUCUGAUUCGGAAUCACAUGAGGUAGUGCAACCACAACCUUCAAAAAAGAAACCAGUAACAGAAGAGGAAAAAGAGGAUGUCACGACAAAGAUACGGCGUACAACUAGAAGCAGUUCAAAAAAAUAA